CCUUUCUCUCGCUUCCGGGGUCGACAUUUCCGGUCUAGACAUUUCUGUGUAAACUCAGUUCCGUUUGGAGCGUUCGUUCUUCCGCCAUGGCGCAAGUGAGUAGUAAGUGUUUUUGCAGCGUACCACUGUGCUCUAAUUCCAAGCAAAAACAGCCUUAUUUGAGUUUCCACUCAUUUCCAGCUGAGGAGGAACUCAGAAAGAAGUGGGUGAUAGCCAUUAGAAGGAGUGAGGGGCCGAAUUUCAAAAUUCUUAGGAACAGCACGCAUGUGUGUAGCGCUCAUUUUGAGCCGCAGGACAUCUACGUUACACCAAAGGGCAAGACGUGGCUGAAGAAAGGUGCGAUACCGCGUCGUUUUAGCUGGACUCGGCCAGCCAGGCAGUCUGUGUACAGCAGAGUGAAUUCCCGUCUCGGAGAUUCUGCUCGUUUGGACGAGGAGGGCGCGAUAGGGGAGCAGGCUGUCGGUGUGCUGGAAGAAGAGGGAGACGGGAGCGCGGCUGUGCGGGACCACGACUACGUGACUCGGCCGACUCCCGGAGCUGUUGAGGAGUUGCUUGAAAAAAUCAAAGAUCUUGAGGAGCAGUUUGAGAGGUUGACUGUCAUCAGGACGCAGUUCAGCAGAUUUUGUGUUUCGGAUGAAAAUUUUAAAUAUUACACCAAAUUCCCUUCUGAGCAGCACUUCACUGUUUUUUGGAGAUCUAUUGAGCCAUCAGCAAGCAGACUCAUCUACUGGAGCAAAGCGCAAAAAAUGGGAAAAGAGGCCGCUGCGAAUGCAACACCAAGUCCAUCUCGCAAGCUACAGCUGAUUGACGAGUUCUUCAUGUAUUCCCUUCGCACUGCAGUGGGAUUAAAGGAGAAAGUUUUGGCUGACAUGUUUGAAGUGAGCCUUUCAAGUGUAAGCAGGGUGAUCAUUACGUGGGCCAACUACCUGUAUGCAGUCCUUGGUUCAGUUCCAAUAUGGAUGACACGGGAACAAGUGAGAAGACACCUUCCCUCAAAGUUCCGAAAAUAUUGCCAGAAUGUCCGAGUCAUUUUGGACUGUACUGAGCUGCGUUGUGAGUCACCAAAUGCAAUCACUCUGCAUUGUGAGACUUUCUCCACGUACAAGUCUCACACAACUUUCAAGGGUCUCAUUGGGGUUUCUCCAAGUGGUGUCGUCACCUUUGUCUCCAGGCUUUUCACCGGUGCUGUCUCAGACAAGGAGAUCACUAGGCUGUCUGGCAUUAUUGAUCUGUUGGAGGAAGGUGAUGAAGUCAUGGCAGACAAAGGUUUUCUUAUUGAAAACUUGUUGUCUGUUGCUGGAGCAAAACUUAUUAUUCCACCUUUCAAACACAAGGCUCAGUUUACAAAGGAGGAGACAGAGCAAACUCAAGCCAUUGCACGGUUGAGGAUUCUGGUAGAACGAGUCAUUCGCAGAGUAAAAGAAUUCCAUAUAUUUGACUCUGUAAUUCCUCUCACCCUAGCAGGCAGCAUUAAUCAAAUAUGGGCCAACUGCUGCCUGCUGGCGAACUACCAAGGACCCAUGGAACUUAACCCACGCUAACUGGAGCAUCAUGCACCCUUCUUGUCAGUCACCCUCAAUCAAAAAGUGCGCUUUUCCACCAGCAAGUCGAACAUGGUGAACAUGGGCGAUUGAGUCGACAUUGGGGCACUUCACUUCCACUAUUCCAAAUGGUGGGUUUUCUGUCGGAUCAACCACUUUUCCAUCAGGACUGGCACCAAGAUGGGGAGCAUCAGGGUGGACCACCAAACCACAGGGCAACACAUUGACCUUGAAGCUUUCAGCGUACCUUGUCAGCACCUCAGGCUCAAGUUCAAGUCCACGCUUCAUAGCUUCUGUUUGACACACUCCUUUUAGCAUGCGCAAAGACAGAGCCUGGGCAGAUGAUUCUCCACGGACGUGCGCAGCUUCAUGAAAGCGACUGGCAGUGAGACGUGGGUGGCGCAUAAGGUUCCAUAGUUUGCAUUUGCUCUGUUCCCUUGUUUCCUUUUCUAUUGAAAUGGACAGCUCCCUUGAUACCUGAAGACUUUGCAGAUGGUAAAAGUGGUGAACAUUGGGGACAAAAUGUACAUUUUGUGAUAGCCUGUAAUUUUUCUGUGGUAGAUCUGGGAACACAGGAGCUGGAACGUGUGUGCUGAUGUCAAUAGUUUUAUCUGGGGGACACUGGUAGGAUAAAACACAUCCACGUGGCACCAGUCCAAAUUUUGAUUCUACCAGUGUCAUCUCUGUCAGCUCCAAAAGAACCUGACAGACAAGGGGUUGUGGGUCCAAACUGUGCAUGGCAGAUGCAGAGGCCAUUACAGACUCCUCAGGAAGUGGCCCUGAAAAAAGGCUCUUUUUAAUGUAUUGUAAUGUAAUGUAUGUUAUUUCUUUUAACAUUUUGAUUUUGAGAUUUCAUGUCGUAUGUCCAAUUUAACAUGUAAAUAAUUGUUUAUAUAAUCUGGUACAGGUACAUCUCAAAAAGUAGAAUAUCAUUGAAAAGUUACUUUAUUAAGGCCAAUAAAUACUUUAUUAAGAAAUUAAGAUUUAUUAAGGUCUUUAUUAAGGUCUUUAUUAAGACCUUAAACUGAUCAGUUUCUCUGAUUCUACUAUUUCUAGGUAUUUGUUUGAGUAAAAUGAUCAUUGUUUUAUUGUAUAAACUACAGACAAUUCUCCCAAAUUCCUGUCCUGUCAUUUAGAGCAUUUAUUUGUAGAAAAUGAGAAAUGGUCAAAAUGACCAAAAAUGCAGUGCUAUCAGACCUUAAAUAAUGCAAAGAAAUAUAAACUUUAUCUUUUUUUCUAUAUUUUUUUGCAAAUAAAUGCUGUAAAUGACCAUUUUUAUUUGGAAUUUGAGAAAUGUUGUCUGUAGUUUGUAGAAUAAAACAACAAUGUUCAUUUUGCUCAAACAUAAACCUAUACCUAAUAGUAAACUCAGAGAAACGGAUAAUUUUGAAGUGGUCUCUUAAUUUCUUUCCAGAGCUGUAUAUUAUAUACAAUUGGUCUUAAAUAAUAUUAAGUUUCUGAGAUGCACCUGUAUAUCUGGUUCAGAAUUUAAUUAGGUUGAUGUUCAGUGACUGAUGAGGCUAAAGACUAUUCAGCCCUGGAAAUAUUUAUUGAAAGCCCUGCUGCAUCUUUUUCUUUAUUUUCACCAUUUCACAUUUCUGCUAAUAAGUGUUCUAAAUGGCAAUAUUUUCCUAUUUGGACAAAUGUCAGUAGUGUAUAGAAUAAAACAGCAAAUUUCAUUUUACUCAAACAUUUUCCUAUAAAUAGUAAAAUCAGAUACACUGAUACUUUUAGCUGUGUUCUCUUAAAUUUUUCAUGUAUAUUUCUAUUAAUACUCAUUAAAGCUGUUCUGGUACUUUGUGGUGGUCAAACACCAUAUGACAUACAUUGUUGGUGUUGCAUUUGAUUUGGUGUGUGUGUGUGCAUGUGUCACCUGUGUAUGCUUUGUAAAGUGUUGAUUUAAUUCCACUGCUGCCAGAUGUUUUUGGCUUUCUUACGCAGAGUUGAUCUACAGGUUCAGGUUGGAUACCCUAAAAUAAAUCCAUGCUUUUAAAUAUUCUUUAAAGA